AUGCAGUCUUUGAUAAUAAAAAAUGAAGAUUCUUUUUUGUUUAAACGGCAUUAUGAAAAACGAUUAAAUAUGUUAGGUGAACGAUUAAGUCUAGUACUGGUAGUAGUGGGAUUAGAUGCUGUAAAACAGUCUGAAGUAGCACAUGAUAUUCCUUUUGGAUUGCUUUUAUUUUGUGUGUUUUUUUGCUUGGCAAUUAGUUGUUUUUUUUUGAGAUUAGAAGACAGAAAAAUAAUAUUGCGUCAAGAUGGAAUUAGAAUUUUAAGAAAAGAGGUUUUUAGGGACUGUAAGCAAUUUAGUAUGAUGUAUUCUAAGUCUUUGUCUGUGUUUGUUUAUGUUUUAUUGAUUUAUGGGACGGCAAUGAGACUUAAUGCUUUAAGGGCAAUGGUAUUGAUUUUUCCAACAGUUUUUGUUCGUAUGUUUAUGAAUAAUGAGAUAAUUGGGAAGUUUAUGUAUAGAAAGCGAUUAUUUUUUUCUAUUGCGGUUUUUGCAUGUGUGGAUCUCUUGAGACAUUUUAAAUUGAGUAUUAUGUUUGGCUAUUUUUUUGCAGGAUUGGCAUCAAUAUUGUCAUGUAAUGUUGAUAUACCGAUGGAUUCUUCUUGUUUUUUAUUUUCUACUUUAUAUUGUAUUCCCAUGAUUGUUUUGGAGUAUUUUUUUCAGUAUUAUUAUUUUAAAUGCUCUAUAUUUACGUUUAUCUUGGUCACCAUUUCAAGUAUUAUUCAUCUGGUUUUAAAAUCAAUUAAGAUUUUUGAUGUUACAUUUAUGAUUAAAUUUUAUUGGCCAUUGACAAUUGGUGUAAUAUUGUCUUAUCAGCUUUUAUUUUUAAAAGAAUUGCCUAGUUUGAUUGAUAUUUCAAAUAUACUUUUGAUAUAUUAUUUCCUUUAUAAAAGUUUAAGUCAUUUUGAAAAUUCUGUGAUUUAUCCUUUUGGAAAUAAUAAUGUAUAUGUCCAUACGUUAAAAACUUGCUUAAAAUUUAUUAUGGAAAAUCGUGAUUCACGAAGUAUUUUUUAUUUUUUUCUUUUGAAUUCAGCAUUUAUGUUUAUACAAAUGACUUAUGGAAUUCUAUCUAAUUCUCUUGGCCUUAUUUCCGAUUCGAUUCAUAUGGCAUUUGAUUGUUUUGCAUUACUUGUUGGAUUAUUAGCAUCCGUUAUGAGCAAGUUUCCUCCGUCUUUUUCAUUUCCAUUUGGUUUUUCGAAGAUAGAAGUCCUUUCAGGUUUUAUGAAUAGUUUAUUUUUACUAUUAAUAUCAAUAUCUAUUAUUGGAGAGGCUGUUUCUCGACUUUUAAAACCGGAAGAAAUUCAUGUAGAAAAACUUCUUAUUGUUAGUAUUAUUGGUUUAAUUGUAAAUCUUGUAGGUAUUUUUUUAUUUAAGCAUGGUCAUCAUCACCAUCAUCAUCACCAUCAUUCUAAUCACUCUCAUUUCCCUGAUACUCAAACUUCUGGUGAUUUUGAUUGCUUUGAAAAAAAUCAACAUAAAGUUCAUUUCUUGAAUGAUUCUGUAAAUAAUUAUAUCAAUAAUUCGUAUCAUAAUGCUAAUGUUCAUGGCGUUUUUUUGCAUAUAUUUGCUGACACUCUUGGUUCGGUUGGUGUAGUUGUGUCUACAUUACUUAUACAUCAGUUUGGCUGGGUUGGAUUUGAUUCUAUAGCUUCAAUUCUUAUUGCAGUUUUAAUAUUUAUUUCUGCUAUUCCGUUGAUUAUAUCAUGUUCCAAAAGUCUUCUUUUAAUUGUUCCUCAUGAUUUUGAAUAUAAUAUUUAUAAUGCGUUAAAUAUGGUAAAAGCAUAUUCUGGAGUAAUGUGUCUUAAAAAGUUUCGAUUUUGGAUGAAUAAUGAAGAAAAAUGCACUGGAGUAAUUCAUAUAGAUGUUAAAAAUGAUCAAGAUUUAAAUUGGAUACGUCAAGAAGUAGAGAAAAUUUUAAAGGAAAAUAUAAAAGGUCUUCAUGAUAUUACUGUUGUUACAGAAAAACGUUUCUAG